GUAGCCGUGUGGCGUGAUAAUGAUGUGCAUGUGAUACCUAACGAACAGGGAAAUCAUAUAACUCCGUCCUACGUGGCGUUCACACAGCGGGAACGCUUGAUAGGCGAGCCCGCGAAAAAUCAAGCGUCCGUAAACGCGGUGAAUACGAUUUUCGGCGUGAAAAGAAUUAUCGGGCGCGGGUUUUACGAACCCGGCUUGCAAGAGGAUUUAAAAAAUUUACCAUACACAGUUCUAAAUGACAACGGUAAGCCGAAAAUACGUGUUAACUAUAGGGGUAAGAUAAGAUUGUUCGCGCCCGAAGAAAUAAGUGCUAUGAUCGUUUUCAGGAUGAAACAGAUCGCGGAGAAGUUUUUAGGGUGUAAAGUUGAUAAAGCUGUCAUAACCGUACCGGCUUAUUUCAGUGAUUAUCAGCGUCAAGCCACAAAGUUUGCCGGUCAGAUAGCUGGCUUAGAAGUUAUUAGGAUAAUUAAUGAACCGACUGCCGCCGCUUUAGCGUACGGCUUAAAUAAGGAUAUGAGUGGGGAAAAGAACGUGCUUGUCUAUGAUUUAGGAGGUGGUACAUUUGAUGUGUCAAUUUUGAGUAUUGGUGAAGAGUCUGUGUACCAAGUGAAGGCAGCCACUGGUAAUAUUAGACUGGGGGGUGAAGAUUUUGAUAAUCGUAUUGUGGCGCAUUUAAUUGGUGAUGUUCGGAAACGACACGGUAAGGAAGUAAAAAGCCCUCGAGCGUUACGGCGGCUUAAAACUGCUGCUGAAAGGGCUAAGCGAUUGCUGACGUCUGCUAACGAAGACAUUGUCCAAGUAGAAACACUUUGUGAAGGAAUCGACUAUUACGCGACGAUUACCCGCGCCGAAUUUGAGAGAAUCUGUUCAGACUUACUUACAGAUACCCUUCAUUACGUCGAUCAAGCGUUAUUUGAUGCUGGGAUGACUAAGAAGGAUAUCAACGAUGUUAUAUUAGUGGGAGGUAGUACGAGAAUACCAAAGAUAAAACAAAUGAUUAGUCAGUUCUUCAAUGGCGUAGAUUUAACGGCUUCUGUCAAUCCGGAUGAGGCUAUUGCGUGUGGAGCAGCUAUCCAAGCAGCUAUAGUAUCUGGUGACACAAGUGAGAGGCUAAAAAAAUUACUGUUAAUCGAUGUCGUGCCAUUGUCGUUGGGUGUUGAAACGGGUCACGGCUUAAUGUUCACCGUACUACGACGCAACACACCCAUACCGUGCAGCCACGUUAGGCAAAUAACCACAUUAGAAGAUUACCAAGACGCUAUGAAUAUUGAAGUGUACGAAGGAGAGAGACCUCUGACUAAAGACAAUAAUUUGCUUGGCGCGUUCGAUCUCCAUCAUAUACCUCCAGCACCAAGAGGAGUCGCCAAGAUUGAUGUCACGUUUGAGGUCGACGUAAACGGUAUAUUGACGGUUUCCACCACAGACAGGACAACUGGUCAUUUUAAAAGUGUGACGAUAAACAAUGCUAAUAGACUGACUCAACAAGAGGUCUGCAAAAUGAUUGCAGACGCUGAGAAGUUCAGAGAGGAAGAUGAGGAGAACAGGGUACGUUUGGAAGUGAGGAACCAGCUUGAAACGUACAUAUACAACGCUAAAAGAAUCAUGGAUGACAAUUCUGAAGAGAUAACUGCUGAGGAACAUUACAAUAUUACGGAUGAAUGUGCGAGAGAAUUAGCUUGGUUGGAAGCGAACCCCGACUGCAUGCGGGAAGAGUAUGAAAGAAGGAUGUCAGAGUUAUUAAAACGCUGGGCAUUGAAACUGAGGAGGGUUGAGCAGACAGGACAAAUAUACAAAAGACACAGGAAUGAUAUUGGAUUCUCUGAUCCUGGGCAUUAG